AUGAACGACCUACGAAGGAGAGCCGAUAAGUAUAUGCAAAUGGAAGAGCUAGCUGAAUACCGCAAUCAAGCUCGAGAUGAACUGGUUGGAAAGGCCGAAAAGCCAACAAAACAACCAUUCAGAGGGCGAGGCAAGGAGUUAACUCUUCGAGACCGACCCACACGGGGUCCGAAAUACUCUCAUUAUACUCCCCUCAAUGCAAGCCGAGCCGCGGUGCUUGAACAAGCUCUGACAUCGAAAGUGGUAGUGGUUCCCAAGAGAGCAUCAACUCCCCCUCGAGCAGAUACCAACAAAUCUUGUAGGUAUCAUCGCAAUCGAGGACAUUCCACUGAAGAAUGCGCAGCCUUGAGGGAUCGGAUUGAAGACCUUAUCAAGCAAGGACAACUUCAAAACUUUAUCGAUCGGCCAAAUUCAUCUCGCCCUCGGACCAAUCACCAGUCUCAACAACGAGACCGACAUGAGCAUUCAGACAAACAUCAACGCGAGCGCAACAGAUCGAGAGAUCGAAAGGAAGAGCCUCAAACGUCGCAUAGGAGUGUUAUCAAUACGAUUGCUGGAGGCUUCGCAGGAGGAGGAUCAACUUCCUAG